AUGAACCCAGUAUCCAAGGACGAAAUGGAGCCUGCACGCUCUUCCUGUCCUGGGCUUGAGUGGCCGGAGCAGGAGCGGGCGGAACGGCUAGCCCGGGGUGCAGCGUUAAAGUGGGCCUCCGGUGUCUUCUACCGGCCGGAGCAGCUGGCCAGGCUGGGCCAGUACCGCAGCCGUGAGCUGCAGCGCACCUCCUCCUUGGAAGCCCGCAUCAAGUCGGUGGUGCAGUCAUACCUGGAGGGCGUGCAGACUGGUGUGUGGCAGCUUGCCCGGGCCCUUGAGACUGUGCAGGGGAUUCGGGAAGCCUUGGGCCAGGCCCACGGGUUGCUCCAGGCCAUGGCCGAGGCUGCACAGACCCUAGAGCCCCUGCAGGAGCAGGUUGUCCAACACAAGCAACUGCAGGCCCUGUCUCAGCUUUUGCCCCGGCUUCAAGCAGUGCCAGCUGCAGUGGCCCACACGAAGGCUUUGAUUGAUGCCCAGCAGCUCCUGGAGGCAUACGUGAGCCUGCGGGAGUUGGAACAGCUACGAGAGGACACAUGGGUACCCCUGGGGGGCCUGGAGUUGCCAGUCUUCGAGGGCCUGGGCCCUCUGACCGAAGCACUGGGCUGUGCUGUGGAGGUGGCUGCGGGAGCUGCAGGGCAGCUGGCACGGGAGGACCCAGCCCUGCUGGUGGCUGCUGUGCGUGUGGCCGAGGUAGAAGCUGGGCGCACAACCCCCCUUGGGCAACCCCCCCGGGACUGGCGGCAGCGCUUUCUGCAGGCGCUACAGGAGGGACUGGAGCGGGUCCAUUUUGGGACAUCACUGCUGCCUGUGCCAGGGGCCCUAGCGGAGUGGCUCGAAACUCUGCGGGUAGCACUGCCAGCUGAGUUGGUCACAGCCGAGGCACUGAUAGCGCCCUGCUGCCCACCACACUACAAAGUGGUCCAGCUGUGGGCCCGCACUCUCCAUGGUGGUCUGCGCCGCAGCCUACAGCAACUCCUCAUGGAGCCUGAGCUGGGAGCUGCCGAUGCCUUCAGCCUGCUGCACUGGGCACAGCAUGUGUACCUGGGGCCAGAAAUGAUGGGGAGCUUGGAACUGGGGCCUGAGGCUGAUGUGUCCCAGCUGGAGCCCCUGCUGACCCUGGAGAAUGUCGAACAUCUGGAGACAAUGUUUGUGACCAAAGUCCAGGCGAAUGUGGCCCAGUGGCUGCAGAAGGCAUUGGAUGGGGAGGUAGCUGAAUGGGGCUUGGAAAAGGAGCCAGACACAGACCCAUCUGGCUUCUACCACUCACCAAUGCCAGCCAUUGUGCUGCAGAUCCUGAAUGAGAAUAUCCGUGUGACCAGCCUGGUCGGGGAGUCACUGCAGCGGCGGGUGCAUGGCAUGGCAUUGUUCGAGCUGGGCGCGUUCUUGAGGAGCUUCAGUGAUGCUCUGAUCCGAUUCUCCCGAGACCACCUCAGGGGCGAAGCAAUAGCCCCUAAGUACGUGCCCUACCUUCUGGCCACACUCAACCACCACACAGCACUCAGGUCGUCCGUGUCUGUCCUGCAGUUCGACGGGGUGGCUUCAGUGGCCUUGGCUCGGGUGGAAGCCGCGCUGGACGAGUUGCAGAGGAGGAUUUGCCGACUUGUGCUGGAAGCGCUGCUGGCAGAGCUUCAGCCCCUCUUCGCGGCUCUGCCCUCUCGCCAGUGGCUGUCAAGCCCAGAGCUGCUGGAUGGUGUGUGUGAGCGGACGGCAAGCUUAUGCCGGGACUUCCGGCGCGUGCGGAGCCCCGCAGUCCAGCUUCUGCUGGCUGAGGUGGAACGCACGGUGGUGCUGCAGUACCUGCGGGCUCUGAUGCAGGGCCGUUUAGUGUGUCGUGGUGCCGAGGAGCGGGCCCAGGCCGCAGAGCGCCUGAGGCAUGAUGCCACCCAGCUCCGGGACCUCUUCGUCAGUUUGGGCCUGGAAGAGAGCGCGCAGUGCGUGCCAGUGCUGCUCGCCCUGCGGGAGCUGCUGAAUCUCCGAGACCCUACGCUGCUUGGCCUCGAGGUGGCGGGCUUGCGGCAACAAUUCCCCGACGUGAGCGAGGACCACGUCUCUGCCCUCCUGGACCUGCGCGGGGACGUGUCCCGGGAGCAGCGCCUGGCCGCCCUCAGCUCCCUGCAGGCUGGCCCGCCGCCUUCGCCCCCAGCUGGUCGCCGAGCACUCUUCAGCCUUGUGCCUGCGCCUACACCCGCGCCGUCCUCCUGCCUUCCCUCGGGGCCCUGUUCCUGA